AUGAAUACGAAUAAAAUACAUAAUUUCGUGACCCUGUUUGUUAGUGUUUAUUACUUUUAUUAUAAUUUCUAUUUAACAAAUUAUUCUAGGUCAACACUUCAUUCAUUAUUCUAUUUCUUUAUUCUAUGUAGUUUCAUUUCUUAUUGUUUUGCCUUUUUCUCUAUUUCUUUCAUUGUUAAAUUUCUUUUGUUAAUGAAUUGGUAUCAUUUUGUAUUGUUAUUCUUUGUGUAUUAUUUAUCUUUUUCUACCUUUCUUAUUGCUAUUUCAUCUUAUUAUUAUAUUAGUGUUUGUUUUGAUUUAUCUCUUCAUUUUUUCUCUCUGUCUUUAUAUUAUCACAAUUAUCAGAAUGAUUUAAAAUGA